GUCCCACAGUGUCCCACACUGAUCCCUGUGGCCUCUCCCCACCAUGGCACCCCUGGCUCCCAUCUUGGCACUGCUGGCAAUGUCCAUGGCCACUGUGGCCAUCGAGGUGGUUCCCAUGGACAUGGCCCCGAACGCCUUUGAUGACCGGUACCAGGGCUGCCGUGACAAAAUGGCCGCGAUGUUGCCGGUCCUCAAGAGUGUUGAGUUCCAGCAGAACUCUCUGUUCGCCCCGGCCUGGGCUCAGGCUACAGCUGAGUGGCAGAACCGCGGGUCCCCCGUGUCCCCUCUGUUGUUCCCAGACCAGGCCAUCGCCAUCAUGGCCUACACGAUGUCAACUACAUUUUCCGAAAAGUUCCUCGAUGCUGUGCACGAGGCUGGACACUCUAGACAGCAAUACCGAGACAACUUCCACUUCAAAACCCUGCAUUUCCUGCUGACCGAUGCCCUGGCCAAGCUGAAGGACAAUCAGUGCCGAGACGUGUACAGGGUGGGGCACAACACCCGGCUCGAGGCGCAGCGUGGCCAGAGAGUCCGGUUCGGUUGGUUCCUGUGGAUGUCUUUGAGCGAUGCAGUCCCCACAGAAUACGAGAGUGGGACACUCCUGCAGGUGCACACCUGCCAUGGUGUGGACAUCAGGAAGUUCUCCUUCAAUCCCAGAACGCAGAUGGUGCUGACCCCACCCUAUGAGAUCUUCGAGGUCACCCAAGCCUCCCAGGAUGGGGACAAGACACAGAUCCAGCUCCGCUCCACCGGGACCCACAGCAACUACACCUGCGAGUGGCUGCGAGGUGGAAGCAGCCCCAGGGACACGCCCAUGCUCAGAGGGCUCCUCUUGGCCACAGCAGCCUUGGCAGUGGCCACCGGGAUCUUCUGAGCCACAAGGCCACCGUGGUCACUGUGGUCACCAUGACGCCUACAGACACUGCAGCCAUGAUGGCCACCAAGGCCACCAGGAGCACCAGAACAAUGAGAAGGCUACCAAGGCCACACUGCCACUAUUGUAGCUGUGGGCGCUAUGGCCACCCUGAGGCCACUGUGACCCUCACUGUCACCAUGGUCACUGUGUCCACCAAGGCCACUGUGGUCACCAUGGUCACCAAGACCCUCAGAGCCACAAGGCCACUGCAGCCACUGUAACUGAUGCCUGAUGAUUUUUGUCUUUUCUUUAAUCUAUUUUAUAUACCCUUUUAGGUAUUUCUGCACCCUCAAUGCAUCCCCCUCUACCCUUAGCGUGCAUACUUGGAAUUCCUGCAGUCUGAUAUUCCACUUUAGUUGAGGAGUUCUGCUGGCCAGAGAGACCAAACAUCUUCAGGAAGGGGUCAGUGUACCCUGUGCUGUCUUAAAGCUGAGGCUCCAGCCUUGRGUGAAGYCUUCUCUCUGGAACAUCUUGUGUAAACUGGGCUCUGGCCUCAUUCGGGRGGAGAUUCAUUAGAAUAGGGGGACAUUACUGCAUUUGUGAAGUUUCU